GCUCCCUGGAAGAACAGUACCGACCCCUGUGGUUCAUCACCAUGCCCUCCGACCUGGCCAAAAAGAAGGCGGCGAAAAAGAAGGAAGCAGCCAAAGCGCGCAGGCCAGAAAGGGGGCAUGAAGAAAACGAAAAUGCUGCCACAAAACCACAGGGGGCAAAGGAGAGAAACGAGGGGGUCAAUGGCCAGGAGACCACAGAAGUGGAUUUGCUGUCCAAGGAGCUGGAGGACUUUGAGAUGAAGAAAGCUGCUGCUCGAGCUGUCACUGGUGUCCUUGCCUCUCACCCCAACAGUACUGACGUCCACAUUAUCAACCUCUCCCUCACUUUUCAUGGUCAAGAGCUGCUCAGUGACACCAAACUGGAAUUAAACUCAGGCCGUCGUUAUGGUCUCAUUGGCUUAAAUGGAAUUGGCAAGUCCAUGCUGCUCUCUGCCAUUGGGAAACGUGAAGUGCCCAUCCCUGAGCACAUCGACAUCUACCAUCUGACUCGGGAGAUGCCCCCUAGUGACAAGACACCCCUGCAGUGUGUGAUGGAAGUCGAUACAGAGCGGGCCAUGCUGGAGAAGGAGGCUGAGCGGCUGGCUCACGAGGAUGCGGAGUGUGAGAAGCUCAUGGAGCUCUACGAGCGUCUGGAGGAGCUGGAUGCUGACAAGGCAGAGAUGAGAGCCUCGCGGAUCUUGCACGGACUGGGUUUCACACCUGCCAUGCAGCGCAAGAAACUAAAAGACUUCAGUGGAGGCUGGAGGAUGAGGGUUGCCCUCGCCAGAGCCCUCUUCAUUCGGCCCUUCAUGCUGCUCCUGGACGAGCCCACCAACCACCUGGACCUCGAUGCUUGUGUGUGGUUGGAAGAGGAACUAAAGACUUUUAAGCGCAUCCUGGUUCUCGUCUCCCAUUCCCAGGACUUUCUGAAUGGUGUCUGUACCAACAUCAUUCACAUGCACAACAAGAAACUGAAGUAUUAUACGGGUAAUUAUGACCAGUAUGUGAAGACACGGCUGGAGCUGGAGGAGAACCAGAUGAAGAGGUUUCACUGGGAGCAAGAUCAGAUUGCGCACAUGAAGAACUACAUUGCUAGGUUUGGUCAUGGCAGCGCUAAGCUGGCCCGGCAGGCCCAGAGCAAGGAGAAGACGCUACAGAAAAUGAUGGCAUCAGGACUGACAGAGAGGGUCGUGAGCGACAAGACAUUGUCAUUUUAUUUUCCACCAUGUGGCAAGAUCCCUCCACCCGUCAUUAUGGUGCAGAAUGUGAGCUUCAAGUAUACAAAAGAUGGGCCUUGCAUCUACAACAAUCUAGAAUUUGGUAUCGACCUUGACACACGAGUGGCUCUGGUAGGACCCAAUGGAGCAGGGAAGUCAACUCUUCUGAAGCUGCUAACUGGAGAGCUAUUACCCACAGAUGGGAUGAUCCGAAAACACUCUCAUGUCAAGAUAGGGCGAUACCAUCAGCAUUUACAAGAGCAGCUGGACUUGGACCUCUCCCCUUUGGAGUACAUGAUGAAGUGCUAUCCAGAGAUCAAGGAGAAGGAAGAAAUGAGGAAGAUCAUUGGGCGAUAUGGUCUCACUGGGAAACAGCAGGUGAGCCCGAUCCGGAACCUGUCUGAUGGGCAGAAGUGCCGGGUGUGUCUGGCCUGGCUGGCCUGGCAGAACCCCCACAUGCUCUUCUUGGACGAGCCCACCAAUCACCUGGAUAUUGAGACCAUUGAUGCCCUGGCUGAUGCCAUCAAUGAGUUUGAGGGUGGUAUGAUGCUGGUCAGCCAUGAUUUCAGACUUAUUCAGCAGGUAGCACAAGAAAUCUGGGUCUGUGAGAAGCAGACAAUCACCAAAUGGCCUGGAGACAUCCUGGCGUACAAGGAGCACCUCAAGUCCAAGCUGGUGGGCGAAGAGCCCCAGCUUAGCAGGAGGACCCACAAUGUGUGA